AUGGAGAGUAUACCCAACUCUCGCGCAACCAGCGCCCAUGUAGCGCGAUUGGAUCGGACCCUGAAGGACCUCCAGAGGAAGCUGGAGGAACAAGAAGAAGUACUGAAAAAGCUUCGUGCCGCUGGGAAACCAAUCCAGGAAGAACCCGACAGCAACAAGGACAUUCGCUUGCUUCAGAUCAGCAAGAUAAAAUCUGCAUUUGACGCCCUUACUCCUGUAGAGCCAUAUACCCCGCUUCCUGAUUCACCACUGCCAUCGCUCCUUGCGCUCCGGACAACACACAUCACAACCAGCGAGGCAAAAUCAGCUCUUAGUAUCACCAAGCAUGACCUCUCCCAAGUGGAGCAGUUGCUGCAGAAGGAGGCAGCCGAUUUAGAGGACGGAAGGCUUAUCGAGAAUGCGCUUCAAACCCGUAUAUCUGCCCUCGAAACUGCAAUAGAGAAACACGUGCAAAAACCGAAGGCUCAGGUAGCGAAGGACAUGAUGCGAGGCCUAAAAAACAAGAAGGCACGCUACGACAUGGGCACAGUUACGCUCGUUAAGUCAUUCAACGAAUUCAUUGACGAUCACCUAGCCGUAAUGCUUGCGGCCGAGGAGCUAGGUGGUCCUGUAGUAGGCGAACUGCUUGACAUUGAUGAAACAAACCUAGAGGCUGGUUUCAAUGCUCAAGGAAAGGCCAGAAAGCUGAAGGGCCCGUUGAGUGAAAUUGGACGCCAGCAGCGAAUUGACGAGAUCUGGAAGCAGCAGCCGGAACAACAACGACGAGCCCAGGAACCAUGGAAUGAGACGACGGCAGCAGCGACGGAGAUGCGAGAGCUUACAGAGCAGCUGUUAAAUAAUUUGGUGGAGGCAGAUGGGAGGAUGAAUGGCGGGUAUAUGGAACUGGAUAGAGAAAGUGGAGCAGCAAGAUUUUUGGUCAGGUCUAGGGUAGCACAGUUUCAUCCAAGGGAUGCGAGAUGUUUGCGAUUGAUUGAUUUUGGCAAAGAUUUGGUCAGCUGA